CCUAGUCCAUUCACAGUGUUUGUUCUCUUCUCUGAGCUCGACCGGAUUGCAGUCACGACGGUGAGCACAUACACGUCGUGCAGCACAACAAGCAAGAAAAGAGAGCGAGCGAGAUGGGCGCCGGCGGCAAGCUGCAGCAGCUGAUGGCGCGGCUGCACCUGGUGGCGCGGGGCGGCGGCGUGGCGGUGCCGCGGGGCCACUUCGCGGUGUACGUGGGCGAGGCGCGGGCGCGGUUCGUGGUGCCGGCGGCGAUCCUGAAGCAGCCGUCGUUCGUGGCGCUGCUGGAGAGCGCCGAGGAGGAGUUCGGCCUCGACCACCACUGCCACCCCAGCGGCCUCACCAUCCCCUCCUGCUCCGAGCGCGACUUCGCCACGCUCGUCCGCGCCCUCGGCUAAUUAAUUAACAAGCUAGCUAGCCAGCAGCUAGCUCCAUCGAUCAAUGCUCGCC